AUGACCAGUGUUGGGAAGAAGCUGAUUCGCCGGCGCAUGGUGGAUCUGAGCUCUGAGGACACACGUUUCGCUCGCUGCCUCUCCACACUGGACCUCAUAGCCCUUGGGGUGGGCAGCACACUAGGGGCUGGUGUGUACGUGCUGGCUGGGGAGGUAGCCAAGGAGAUGGCUGGUCCCUCCAUCGUCCUUUGCUUCCUGGUCGCUGCUCUGUCAUCGGUACUGGCUGGACUCUGCUAUGCAGAGUUUGGGGCCCGUGUCCCCAAGACUGGCUCUGCCUACCUCUACAGUUAUGUCACCGUUGGUGAGAUCUGGGCUUUUACAACUGGGUGGAACCUCAUUCUCUCCUAUGUGAUAGGUACAGCCAGUGUGGCUCGAGCCUGGAGUGCAGCAUUUGAUAACAUCAUCGGCAACCAUAUCUCCACCUUCUUCACCAACAAGACCACAGUGCACCUGCCGGGAGUGCUGGCUGAGCGCCCAGACUUCUUUGCCCUGAUCCUGAUUGUGCUACUUACUGCGCUGCUGGCUUUCGGCGUCAGCGAAUCUGCCCUUGUGAACAAGAUCUUCACGGCAGUGAACCUGUUGGUUCUGAGCUUCGUCAUCAUUGCAGGCUUUGUGAAGGGAGAUAUCAAGAACUGGCAGCUCUCAAAGGAGGACUAUGUCAACCACUCGAACUCAGAGGACAUCAUGAAAACUUUUGGCUCUGGCGGAUUUGUCCCCUUUGGACUGGAAGGGAUCCUGACUGGCGCUGCCACCUGUUUCUACGCCUUCGUGGGCUUUGACUGCAUUGCCACCACAGGGGAGGAAGCCAGAAACCCACAGCGUUCGAUCCCCAUUGGUAUCAUUGUGUCCCUCCUCAUCUGCUUUGUGGCUUAUUUCGGAGUCUCUGCAGCUCUGACUCUCAUGGUACCCUACUUCCUCCUGAGCAAGGAGAGUCCCCUGCCUGAGGCCUUCAAGUGGGUGGGCUGGGAGCCCGCCCGCUAUGCUGUUGCUGUCGGCUCGCUCUGUGCCCUCUCCACCAGCUUGCUGGGCUCCAUGUUUCCCAUGCCACGAGUAAUCUAUGCCAUGGCAGAGGAUGGGCUGCUCUUCAAGUUCCUCUCCAGCAUCAACAGUCACACAAAGACCCCUCUGUCAGCCACCAUCACCUCGGGGGUCCUUGCAGCGGUGAUGGCCUUCCUGUUUGACCUGAAGGACCUGGUGGACCUCAUGUCGAUCGGCACACUGCUGGCCUACUCCCUGGUGGCAGUGUGCGUCCUCAUCCUCCGGUACCAGCCUGGGCAGCUGAACUCGCCAAAAGCCAUGGAAAUGCUGGAGCUGAACGGGAAUGAGGAGGAAAGGGUGAUCAUGAACCCUAUCAUCACUGGUGCCAGUGCCCAGCAGAAAGAAGCAUUGUCCCUGGCAACACUCUUCAACCCGCCUGCGGACACCCCCACUGCACUCUCGGGGUGCAUCGUCUAUGUCUGUGUCUCGGUCAUUGCCACACUUAUCACAGUUAUCUGCGUGGUCCUGACCCUCAAGGUGGCUGCACUGAAAGAUGCCAAUGUGGGCUGCAUCGUGGCCCUGGUGCUUCUCGUCAUGGCUCUGCUCAUUCCCACCAUCAUCGUCUGGAGGCAGCCGCAGAGCAACACGCGGUUAAACUUCAAAGUACCUUUCCUCCCAGUCCUGCCAAUCUUCAGCAUCUUUGUUAACAUCCUGCUGAUGGUACAGCUGAGUACUGGCACCUGGCUGCGGUUUGCCAUCUGGAUGGCUUUGGGUUUUAUGAUUUACUUUGGCUACGGGAUUCGGAACAGCGUGGAAGGGAAAAAUGCAGAGGCCUGUGCCACAGUAGAAAAGCCUCUGCACCAUCCUGUCCCAGAGCUCAGCCCUGGGGCUGCUGCUGUCUGA